AUGAGCAAGACAACCUUGACUUUAGGUGUCGACCAGGCUGUGUUCUCUGACCUUCCAUCUAUCCGAUUCUCCACUGGGAAUGGUGUGGGUAUCAAGGACUCCGAAUAUUGGGUUCCACACAUGGCCGUCUGGGAAACGCUUUGGCAGUAUCCUGUCAUCCUCAAUGCGGCCAAGCGCGAGGCGACGGGAAACGAUACCAAAACAGGAGGAAACACCACCCGCAACAGAGAAGACACCGCGACUUGA